GGUGGUCGGACUCCUCCUCUUUCUCCUCCUCCUCCUCCUCCUCUUUCUUCUCCUCCUCUUUCCCUCCUGGUUCAGUUUGGUUCAGUGUUGUGAACUGGGCUAACGGAUCCCUCAGACUGGGCUGCCAGGCGGCAGGUGGAGGAGGCGGGGAGGAGCCAGGGCUGCUGGGAAAACAGAAGAGGUGCUGUGGAGGACUGUGUGGACUGGGACUCCUAGAACUGGGAAUAAUGGGAGCCACGUAUGGAAAGAAGAAGGCCUACACCAUCGACCAUGAGCCGCCGCCGAAGCAGCCGUGUGUGAAAAAUGGAAAGCACCCAAACGGCAGAGCCUCGGCGUACGCAGACCUGCAGCAGCAUCGGUCCGAUGGCGUCCACAGGAGGCCAUCCCCUGUGUCCGCUUACGUCCCUCCGCCAGAUUACCUGGAAGGAGACGAGAACGACGACCUGAUCAAACCCAAAAAACUGGUGAAUCCUGUCAAAGCGUCCAGGAGUCAUCAGGAGCUUCACCGAGAACUGCUGAGCAACUGCAAACGGGGCGGAGUCAGCGUGGAGAUGAAGCCGGAGCUUCAGCGGGUUCUGGAGUCGAGGAAACGGGAUCAGCUGAUCAAACAAAGGAAACAGGAAGAUGAAGCACGAAGGAAAGUUUCACCUCUGGAGGCGGAGCUACAGAAGAGACACAAGAAACUGGAGGAGAUGGAGCAGCAGCAGCUGAAGCAGCAGGAGGAAAACCUCCGAGCUCCAGAGUUCGUCAAAGUCAAGGAGAACCUGAGAAGGACGUCGUUCCAUGAAAAAGACGAGAAGGAGGUGUAGAGGCGGAGCUCCUGCCCUGGAGGAGGACACCAACUGAGCCGACCGUCCAAUCAGAGGAUGGACGACGGACUGAAGUAGACGAGCCGUUCUGAUGCUGACGAACGGCGAGUGGCAGGAGGCGGAGCCUAAAGUAAAAAACAGGAAGCUGGCGAUUAACGAAACAGCGGCUGGGGUGGACACACCAUACGGGAUGGAGACGGUUACCAUGGAGAUGACAGUCCAUGAUGAUGGAAGUAUUUACCAUAGUACCACAGUGGAGAUGUCAUUACUGGAUGAUGGAGGUGGUUACCAUGGAGACGACAGUACUGAACAAUGGAGGAUGUUACCAUGAAGAUGACAGUACAGGACGUUGGAGGCGGUUACCAUGGAGAUGACAGGCAGAUGUGUGACUGUAUAUUUGAUGAUACAUUAGAAGAUGAGUGAUGUUUGUAAUGUUUUUAACAUCUACUUUAGAUUCAACAGAAGAUCUACAGCUUCAGCUGAGUCACAAAAGUAGUAAACGGAAUGGAAAAACUAAAAAAACAAAAUCCAACCAGAAUAGAAACAGAUCACAGAGAUGUGGAAGCAUCAGGUCACACUGAGAACAGAAAAAUUAGGACAAAUGUUGAUUUAACGAGAAUAAAGUCAUAACAUUAUAAGAAAGUCAUAAUAUUAAAAAGUCUGGAGGAAACAUCCAUAGUGAGAAAAAGUCAUUAUGAAAAAAGUCCGAACAAAUUUAUAAUAUCACACAAAAAAAAGUGUAAGACAAGUAUUACAGAAGAAAGUCAUAAGAAAAAGUCUUAAAAAGUCAAAAGAAAACAGAUUACAAAAAAUGAUGAGAGGUAGUAUUAGUAUAAUAUUAUUGUGAAAGUCAUGAGAGCAAAGUUUUAAUGUUAGGAAAGAAGUCAUGAGAGAAAAUGUUACUAAAAUAUUUAAUGAGAAGAAUUAAUAUUACAAAUAAAGCCAUGAUAUUAUGAAAAAGUCAUGAGAUAAAAUAAUAUUAAAAUAAGUAUUUAAUAAAUAUUUAAUAAACCCUGUGUGAUUAAAUAACUCGAAACCUUGAACAGCAGCAGAUGCAUUUGGGUCGGCUGGGAAUUUUGACAACUCUGAAUAUUAAAAGUAGAGAAUGUCUUAAUUCUGUCAUUUUUAGACUUUAUUGUUGUUGAAUCUGAAAAAUGACUCGUGUUAUUUCUGACGGUCCGUCUCCUGUUCGUCGCCUCCUGUCGUCUUUUUGUCUGCAGGUCAAAGGUCAGCUGUGAUCUUGUGAUCAAUGUUAAUCUUGAACAUUUAACAUGAGAUGUUUGACACGUUCAUUCUGUAAAUCAGUUGAAAUGUUUCUGAACACGACUUCAUUUUGAAGGUUUUUUUCUCAUUUUAUAAAAAGAGCUAAAGAUUUUAACUGUUAACUUCAGUAAAGUCUCAUUUCUGCUGCAGAUUUCUGAUCAUAAAUAUUAAAAAGUGUAUAUUUGUCUGCAUUUCAUUUGAGCUUUUUGUCGUUUUCCUCCUUCACAGUAAAUGUACACAGAUAUGAAUCAUUUUACAGUUUAUUCUUCUGGAUGUUCAGUGGUAAAGCUGUGGUUUUUCACAGGUUUUUUUCAUUAUCGAUACAGAAAAUGCCUUUUUUUAAGAGUUUUUAUGUAAAAUCCCACUUUGGUUUGUUUGUAUUGUUAUAACUGUGAUUUUAUUUCAGUCUUAUUAUGUUUAAUGACGUGUUGGAAUCAGUCAAGCAUUUAUUUAAUAACUUUUAGUGGCCAAAACUCAAAGCUUUAUUUAACAUUAGUGUAAAAGCAGCUUCAUGUCAGAUUUUAUUGUUUAAGUAUCUGUGUAACAUCAGACUUCUGUGCUGAAAAAAAAUCAAAUAAAUUUAACAAGAAUAAUUAGACUGUAAGAAUCAUGACUCUACUUUAUUUCCAUAGAGUUUAAUGAUCUGACGCCUUAAUGAGGAAAACUCUUUAAAGUCUUUAUAUUUAAUUCUAUAUGAUAUUUUCUAUUUAAUUCUGUUUUGACUGGACCAGUGUGUUGUUUUAAAUGUUCAGUUGUUUUAAUAUUAUUAUUUAUCACAAUAAAUAAACUAAUCU